GGCAGGUCUUGCGAAAUGAGAACCUCUGUGACCAGGCGAAAAUAUGAAUUAUACAAAAGUCUCCAAAGUGCACAGGAUCGACUGGUCAACGCUAUCAAGAUAAUUGCCUGACCAGCAUGGCCAACCUGGCAUCCACAUACUGAAACCAGGGAAGAUGGAAAGAGUCGGAGAAGCUGGAAAUGCAGGUGAUGGAGGUCCGCGGUCAGGUCUAGGGCCUGAGCAUCCUGAUUCCCUGGCCAUCAUGGCUAACGUGGCAUAUACUUUGUGCCCCCAAGAGAAGCUUCGCGAGGUUAUUGUCUUGAUAGAAAAAUGUGUCAAGCUCUACAACAGUCCAUGGACCGUCUUAUCCGCACACCAUCAACUACGCGCUCUCUCUGGAGGAGUGGAAAGUAAAAGUCAAUUUGUCCACUAAUAAGCUGUCAGAGCUAUCUACUACUGAGGGUAGAG